CACCACCGCUGAAAAGCAGAUAGCCAGGCCUCCCCUGCAGUCAGCAUCCAUCACCGGCAGACAGGCGCCUGGUGCGCGCACGUCAACAUCAACGGCAGGUAAUUGGAUUCCCUUUGGUUUCUGGAUCGAUGCAGGUCAUAUCCCUGCAUCAGUCAUCAGAUGGGGAUGUACGCGGCGCUCCGUGUAGCGCAAUGGGUGGUGGGCAAGGCACUAGCCCCCGUUGCCGACGGCGUGCUGGGGGCUUGGGCAGACACCAAGAACUUUGGUCCCAACGUCGAGGCCCUCAGCACGGAACUGCUGUGGGUGAAGGCCACGCUCGAACAAGCUGCCCUCAAGGAGCUUGGUGGGCCGGCAAUGGAGAUGCUGUUGCAAAAGUUGCUGGACCUGGCGCACAAUGCUGAAGACUUGCUGGACGAGUUGGACUACUUCCGCAUCCACGACGAGCUCCAUGGCACGUACGAUGCUGCUGACAAGCACGGCGAGGGUUCUGUUCGCAACCUUGCCCUCAAUGCUCGCCACACUGCCAAAGCUGUUGGAAAACUGGUCAAUUGUUGCGCUUGGCAGCGUGCUAAGCGCCAUCAGAGGUCAUGCAACAAUUCCUCCUCAGCGCCAAAUGCCAAUCAGGAGGUCAGCGGAUGCAUGCCCAAGCUCGGUAAACUUCUCCCUUGCUCAUGUUUCCCACAUCCACAUGUUGGUGAUGGCAAUCGUGGCAAUGAGCAAGAAACACCAAAGCUUGAGUUUAAUAGGGUUGAUUUGUCUCGAAGGAUGAAGGGCAUUGCAGAGAAACUGCAGCUUAUGCGCAAUGAGGUUAGCAAGAUUCUGAUACAUUGUGGCCCUAGAACAGUCCCAGAUAUUACCCAGAUCCGUCCUAUCACCAAAGGUCGAAUUGAUGAACCAAAACUGUAUGGGAGGGACCAUGUCAUGAAUAGCAUCAUACAUGAUAUCAUCGAGGGUCAAUACUGUGACAAGGGUCUAACUGUACUUCCGGUUAUUGGUCCGGGGGGAAUGGGGAAGACAACUCUGAUACAACACAUAUAUACCAACCAACAAGUGCAGAAUCAUUUUCCAGUCAGGAUUUGGAUAUGUGUGUCAUUCAAUUUCAACCUGGAUAAGGUGCUUGAAGAGAUUAAAAGAUAUACCCCUGCAGUUGAAGGUGAAAAAGACUGUAUUAGAGCAGAAGAGCUGAUUGAACAAAGACUAAAAUCCACAAGGUUCUUACUUGUAUUGGAUGAUAUAUGGGAGUUUACUGAUGUGGACGACUGGAAAAAACUAUUGUUGCUACUGGGCAAGUCGCAAGAAAAGGGUUCCAUGAUUCUAGUCACGACUCGGCAAAAAGAAAUAGCAGACCAGGUUAAGAAAAUCGAAGAGCCAAAAGAACUGAACAGGUUAGAUCCUGAAGAGUUUAGGAAGUUAUUCCUUGUAUACGUUUUUGAUGUUGAGCAAUAUCCGAGGGAUAAACAUCAUUUGCUUCACAUUGGAGAUGAGAUAAUGGAAAAAUUAAAAGGCUCCCCUCUUGCUGCAAAGACCGUUGGUAGAUUACUGAGAAGAGACCCUAGUUUGGCUCACUGGAGAAGGGUUCUAAACAGUAAACAAUGGGGGAAACAGACCAAUGGAAUUAUGUCUGCCUUGAAGCUUAGCUAUGAAUUUCUUCCUUUCUAUCUGCAACAAUGUUUUUCCUAUUCCGCAUUGUUUCCUGAAGAUUACCCUUGCAGAAGCCAUGAGCUCAUUAGCCUAUGGAUUGGACUAGAUACUUUGAUACCUACUGAUGAAGACCCAACUUUUGAAGGUAUAGGUUUGAGCAACAUAAAAGAGUUAAUCAACCAUGGAUUUUUCAGAGAAGAGGAAACUGUUGAUCGUCCGCGUUAUGUCAUGCAUGACCUACUGCAUGAUUUAGCAUUGAAGGUUGUAUCACAUGAUUGUGUUAGUUUUCCUCUCCCUAAUGUUGGAUUAGUAAAAGUUCAGCCAUCAACGCGUCACUUGUCCAUAAGCACAGAGAAAUUGGGUGAAUAUGAUGUAGUGUCUGGUGAAAAAUUAAUAAGUGAAUUGGAAGAAUUGAAGACAACAUUGAAAGUUGAGCAUUUGCAAACACUGAUGUUAUUUGGGAGAAUGCAUGAAUGUUUUGCCAAGAUAUUUUGCGAAUUUUUUGCGGAAGCAACUGCUCUUCGUGUUCUUUAUUUGCCCAUGGGGUCUGUGUUACAUACCUUUUCAGGACUUAUCCACCUACGAUUCCUAUGUCUAGGGACACGGAAUAUUCGAGUUCAUUUACCACUUAGAAUCUCUAAAUUUUAUCAUUUAAGGGUUCUAGAUCUUGAGAUGUGGUAUGGCAUUGGUGAUUUUCCCGAAGACAUGAGCAAGCUUGCCAAAUUAUGCCAUUGUUAUAUCCCAAGACGAAGAUAUGCAGAGCUUUGUUUUGAUAUUUAUGAUGUGAGAAAACUUAAACUCUUGGAAAAGUUAAAGGUAUUUCGUGUCAAUAAGAAGAGUGAAGGAUUUGAACCAAAGCAAUUAGAGUAUUUGACCAAGCUAUGGGAGCUUGGCAUCUACAACCUUGAGAAAAUACAUAUAGGAGACGAGGCAGCUGAAGCAAAACUGAUUGAGAAAAAGUUCAUGAGGAGGUUAACAUUGGACUGGGAUAGUGAGCGGUCUGAUGUUGAGCCCGAUGUGGAAGAAGUGGUUCUUGAGAGUCUUCAACCUCAUGGAGAUCUUCAGGUGCUGUGCAUUAGAGGGUAUGGAGGCCCUUCUUGUCCAACAUGGCUGGGUGAUUUGUGGGAUCUUCAUGAACUAAGGUUGAAGGAUAUGGCCAGACUGAAGGAGUUUAUUAUAGGGAAAAGCUUUUGCGUGCUAAUAAAGCUUGAACUCAUUGGCCUAGCAAGUUUCGAAAAAUGGGUUUACCCAACUGAACUAGAAUCAUCCCUGGGUGGAGAGGUGUUGCCAACAGAUGCUCAUAUGUUCCCUCUCUUGCAAGUGUUGAUUAUUAAAAAGUGCCCGAAACUCUCGGUGUUGCCUUUUUCAGACCACAUUGUUUCCUCAUAUUGGUUUCCCAAACUACAAGAGCUUGAAAUACAUGACUGUCCAGAAUUCUCGUCAGUGAUUCCCAUCUCCUGGAUUGAAAGUCUGCGUCGUGUCAUAAUACGACAUGUAAAGAUGCUAAUGGAGUUUACAUACUCAAAAUUGUCUGCUGGAGUAGAAUUCGAAAUUAUUGGAGAGUAUGAUGUGCAUAGCUUAGACCAAGUGUUGGCUUUCGAUAAAGAAAUAGGCCUUGAGAAGCUGACACUGUCAAGGUGUCCACCUCUAGAGUUGAAGAACCUUCUGAUGCUAACCUCGCUGAAGACAUUGAUUGCAGGAAAUUCAGUCAGUCUGGUUGGACCACUAGGAGGUCAGGAUGGCCUCGAAUGGCACCUCCCUAUUGAGUAUAUGAGGAUCAAGGGCUUGGAUGGUUAUAGUGGGAAGGAAUUGACAGAGCUCCUCCCCCACCUCCCAAGGCUCUCCAAAUUGGAAAUAAGUUAUUGUAAAAACAUAAAAAAGCUGGUAGUUGGGAUGGGUCUGCAACAAACAACAUCCACAACAUCAGAGGUGGAGGAAGAUGAAAUAACAACGGCAGAAGAGGAAGAGGAUGAUGGGGUGCUGCUCUUCCCAGCUACUCUAUGUGACUCACUACGGGAAUUGGACAUGUCUUUCUGCCUAGGUAUUGUCCUGGUGGACCAACCAACUCUUGUUUCUGGAGGAGCAUGGCUUCAAGCCUUGCGAUCCCUCCAGACUUUAAGCAUAAAGUGUUGCCGAAAGUUUUUAUCCACCUUCUCAUUUUCCCGUCACCUUUUCCCUUCCUCCCUGCAGUUCCUGACACUUUGGUAUGUGAAAGGCAUGCGGACACUGGAGCCCCUCUCAAACCUCUCCUCUCUUACCCGAUUAGAAUUGUUGAAUUGUGGGGAGGAUCUAAAAUGUCAGGGCUUGCAGUCUCUCAUUACCACCGGGGGGCAGCUCAAUGAAUUAGAAGUCAGGGGCAGCCAUAGGUUCUUUGCUGGUUGGGAUCCUGUUGAAGGAGAAGAGCAGCAGCCACAUCUUAUUUCAUCCAAACUGCAGGCGCUCAGGACGGAUGACGUGGUGGGCCUUUUUGCUGCACCCAUCUGCAGCUUCCUCUCUCCCGCCCUCACCGAGCUGCAACUUUCGGGAGAGAGCUUUUUGUUCCCCUUUUUCGCGAUGGAGCGUUUCAGCAAGAAGCAAGAAGACGCCCUUCAACUCCUCUCCUCCCUCCAACAACUUGCGUUUUGGAGUUUCGACGACCUUCAGCAACUCCCUGCAAGGCUGGGCAAUCUUGCCAGACUUAAAACAUUAUCAAUCUACAAGUGUCCAGCCAUGUCAUCGUUGCCCAACGAUGGCCUCCCUGAAUCACUGCAAGAGUUAAGGGUCAGCUUGUGUGGGAAGCUAGAAGAGCAGUGCAGGGAGUUAGUAAAUACCAUCCCCAAAAUCAUAAUAGAAUGAUCCAAGGACAAUUCCUUGGGUUUCCCUAGUACUCCCUCGUUCUCCCCAACAACAAAUAUUAUGGUACAGAGGGAGUACAUUCUUCUAGCCUUGUAGAGCUCUUCCCUUUCCAUACAUACAUCCACACUCUUGCGACAUGCAUGACAUGAGGGUCUUGUGGCUGCUGUCUUCCUUCCUGUACAAAAAUCUGGCGUUUGUUUGAUCUUAUAGGCUUCUUCAUAUUUUGCCUACGCUAGAAGCAGCGUGGCCUGAAGCUAUCUGAAGUGUUGUGAUGUUACUUGGAAGUUGCUGUGAUGAGUAUAUCAUUCACGUUCAUACUGUGUGUGUGAUGGAAUCAGACUGCUGCUUCUGAAGAAAUCAACACUUUUCAUGCUGUUAACUGAAAGAAAUCGACACCCAGCAGCCAAUUGGCGCCAAACCUGUCGGGCUCACCGUCAACCGUAUGAUCUUCAUCUAACGGCAGCCUGCCGCUUCUCUCGGAGCUACGACACACCACCACCCUUGCGGGAGCACACGAUCGAGAUCGAUCAUGGCCAAAUUAAGGCAGUGAAGUUCCAAGAUGGCAUCAUUACCAGAGAGGAGAGGAGCACCAUUUACUGAACUUUGCGCAUCGAGCUGCCCAAUACGCUCUUCAAAUGAUGAACUACUUCUUCACCAUCGAUUACAUGAUCUUGUGCUCCAGACUUGGUAGCAGAAGUAUCAGUCGACCGCCUCUGGGAAGAUGACCAAGGUGAUAGUGCUCUAUGGAAUUUGCGCAGAACCAUGCAAUUCCAAUCCAAGUUUACCAUCAGGCCUUCAUCAUGCAGUUGUUAAGCUUCUUUUGUUGUACAAACUGAAGUUUCUCUUGUGAAGCGCACAUUCAUUCAUAUUAGACAUUCUAUGUA